AAUAAAUGUAAAAAUUAAUAUACAAAUAUUCAUAAGGAUUGUUUUCAGUGAGAUUACAUGAUAAAAUAAAAGGAUUGGCAAUAGCUGAAUUAAAUAAUCCUUAAAAGAAGAAUGCAUUAUCAAAAUAAUUAUUAAUAGAGAUGAGAUAAUAGAUAAGUGAAUUGAAUGCAUAAAAAGAUAUAAAUUGUGUGAUAUUAAGAUCAUCAACAGGAGGAACAUUUUGUGCAGGUGCAGAUUUAAAAGAGAGAGUAGGAUUAAGUAAUUUUGAGACAGAGUUGGUUGUAAAGAAUUUAAGAGAUACAUUUAAUUAAUUAUCAAAUUUAGCAUAGCCAGUAAUAGGAGUAAUAGAUGGAUAUGCAUUAGGAGGAGGAUUAGAAUUAGCAUUAGCAUGUGAUAUAAGAAUAGUAAGUAAAUAAUCAAUAUUGGGAUUACCUGAGACAGGAUUAGCAAUAAUACCAGGAGCAGUAAUAAAAUAAUAAUAAUAUAAUAAAAGGGUGGAACAUAAAGAACACCUAGAAUAAUAGGAUUAGCAUUGGCAAAAGAAUUAAUAUUUACUGGAAGAAGAUUAAAUGCAGAUGAAGCAUUAAAAAUAGGAUUAGUUAAUUAUGUAGAGGAUGAUGGAUAAUAAGCAAAUAUAAAAGCUGAGAAUAUAGCAACUUAAAUUUUAUAGAAUGUAUUAUUAUUAAAUAUAAUGAAGGGUCCUAUUGGAAUAAGAGCAGCUAAGAUAGCAAUUAAUAGAGGAAUGGAAGUAGAUAUUGAAAGUGGAUUAAAAAUAGAAGAAUAAUUAUAUUAUUAAGUGUGUCAUAGUUAAGAUAGAUUAGAAGGGCUUAAAGCAUUUGCAGAAAAAAGAAAACCAUAAUAUAAAGGAGAAUGAC